AUGCUUUUUGAUGAACCACAUUUUGAAAAUCCGGUGGAACUUUUAGUAGAAGAAAAUAUGGACGAUGAUGUUAUGGAAACCGAUGAAGAGAAAGAUGAAAUAACUGAAACACCGCGAAAUUAUCGAAGAAAUAAAAAACGUAUGUUGAGCGAAGAAGAAGAGAUGCAUCUAAAUUUGAACGGAGAAACAGAGCAAUUGAUGGAAGAAUUUAAAAAAUCCUUUUAA